AUGGGAGCUGGACAAUCUCAACUACUGGAGGAGAUGGAGAAGAACUCCAACUGUCAGUGUCUCAUCUUGCCUGUACGGACAGAGCGGCCACGACCGGAACGGACCGAUCUCGACGUGUGGCGCUCGUACCUCGUCUCAGGCUUUCGCUGUGGACCCUCAGCUGUCUGCAUUCUCUCGUCUUUUGAGCCUGCAAAGCUUGUUCCAACACUUUUCACUGACGAUGUCAUGUCAUAUGUGUACAGUCUCGGCACCCGAAAUCCAGCGCCUGAAGAAACGCUUCAUGAAGUUGGACAAGGACGGUUCAGGCUCGAUUGACAAGGAUGAAUUCUUGCAAAUUCCUCAAAUCGCAAACAACCCAUUGGCAAGUCGGAUGAUCGCCAUUUUCGACGAAGAGUAAGUUUUUCUUCUCUCGAGAUUGGGGGAGCGAUUGCCACGGCCAAACUGGAUGAUCGGCUCGCGCUCGACAAUCCGACUGCCAGCCAAGUAGCUCAUGCUGACGACCGCUUCACAUGUUCGGAUAUGUUGAUUGCCAUAGCGGUGGUGGGACCGUCGAUUUCCAAGAGUUUGUGGCGGGCCUGAGUGCAUUCAGUAGUCGAGGAGAGCGGGAAGAGAAGCUGAAAUGUGAGAAGUCCCAGCAUUCUGGCUAUUGUGGUUCAAUGCUAGAGGUGGCUCACGUCUGUGCAUUCUAAUCGCUCAAAAGUCGCAUUCAAGGUGUACGAUAUGGAUAGGGACGGCUACAUCUCGAACGGGGAGCUUUUCCUGGUGCUUAAGAUGAUGGUCGGCAACAAUCUCAAGGCUAGUCGUCCGAACCGCUCGCCUCGAACCAGUUCUGUGACUGACCCCAUGUCCGAACAUAAUGGAGUUUGCAGGAUCAACAGUUGCAGCAGAUUGUGGACAAGAGUGCGUUGGAGGGCGAAGAAUACGGAGUGCAUGGGACUGACCGUACAUCACAUUCUUCCUGCUGCGCCGGACAGCGAUCAUGGAGGCCGAUCGUAAGGGCGUCGGCAAACUCGAUUUUGAAGACUUCAAAGCCAUGGUCGCCAAUACAGAUAUUGCAAAACAGAUGGUACGUCGAAGCGUUCGUGUACGAUGCCCUUCAUUCAGCGCAGCUGAUAGGAACCAUCGACUCUACCGACAUGCUGCAGACCUUGGAGGGUGAGAAUUGUAUUGUCUGAUAUGACGCCGUCUCCGUCGUACUUGAGCGUGCGCUGAUAAUUCAUUAUCCUCUUUCACACGCGUCUUCACCCUCGCAGAUAUGUGGUAA